AUGCAAGAUAAAAAAUAUUGGCUUCUGUAUAAAAAAGUUAACGGAUUUAAAGAUGUUAUUAACAAAAAGAGAGAUUACUUUGAAAAAUGCUGGAAUAAUAUGAUGAAAAACCGUUUUAAGCCUAAAAGCAAACGCAUACGCACUGAUAAUGUUGGAGAUGUUAAAUCGUGCUACCGCCGACUAUAUUAUCUUAUUUUAGACCAAAUAUGCCAACAAAUGGAAAAUAGCUUUAAGAAUUUUGAUGACCCAGACUUUCUAUGCUGUGCAAUUUAA